AGUAACCAAACCAAACCAAACCUUCGAAAUCAGCCCUUACCCUUCGAGAUCAACCCCUAAAUCGUACGAAAAACCACCGAACCAUCCCCGAACCAAUUCCCGCAACCCAAUCCAACCAUGCCUGAACACGAACACAUCCCCGUCCCCAAAGACAACCCCUCCUCCACCAACCCUCAAGACCCCUCCUCCGACCAACAACCCUACCGCGCCUCCAUCCACCACCUCGCUGACCCCGCCGGCGCUGCCCUCUCCACCACCCUCCAACCCCUCGGCUCCGCCGUCUCCACCCUCACCACUCCGCUCACCAAAGCCGUCGGCGGUAUCACGCGACCCGUCCUGGGCCCGCUGACGGGAGAGAAAGAGGAGAAGAUGGAGGUGCUGGGGGGGGAGAAUCGGGAUAGUUAUAAGCAUGGGAAGGAGAGCGUCGCGGGACGGGAGCGGACUGGGAAGAAUCCGUUGGGGUUGGAGGAGGGGUGGGGGUUUAGGGAGGAAGAGGGGAAGAAGGGGGGGAAGUAGGGGGUGAUGAUUUGAUGAGGGAUGUCAUGAUGGCUAGGAUGAUUGGAUGAUGGAGUUCGGACUUGGAUAUGCUUGGAGCAUUCGAAGACCGGGACAGGGCGCCUGGGAAUUUUAGUCAGUCAGUCAGUCAGUUAGCUAUUCACGGAUGGAAACCUCAUGAAACGACCUGAGCUGCGAAAUCCUUCAAAUAUUUGUAAACCAUAUAUCUGUACCUAUACGCAUCCACCAAUGGAACCCAUAACGC